AUGUCCUGUGAAGUUGUAGAACACCCAUUGGCUUUUUAUUGGACUUUUUGGGUUGAUAAUUUUAAUGAUAAAAAUGGUACAUUUGAAGAAUAUAUUGACAACUUAAAGGAGAUAGUUUCAUGUAAUUCUAUUGAAAGUUUCUGGAGGGCUUUUGGUUGUCUUCCCUCACUUGAACUACUUCAAGAUCAAAAAAUAUCAAUACAUUUUAUGAAAGAUGGGAUUAAACCAUGUUGGGAAGAUAAAGAAAAUAAAAGUGGUUCAACAAUUACAAUUAAAUGUGAAAAGGAAGUAACUAGUAGAAUUUGGAAAGAACUUUUAAUUGAUGUAAUUUCAAAUCAAGAAAAACAAUUAUCAGAUUAUGGGAUUAUAAAUGGAGUUUCUAUCUCAAUAAAGAAAUUAAAUAACUUAAUUAUUGUCUGGACAAAAACAACAUCAAUAAUUGCUCAAAACCAAAUUACUAAUUAUCUCAUAACUCGUUUUCCCGAAUUAAAAGAAGAAGAUGUGUUUUUUAAAGAGAAUAAACAACAUUCCUCUUUUGCUUCUAAUAAAUAA